AUGCCGCUCGACCCAUCCAACCAGCUCAAGAUCGGUCGGCAUACGAUCUCACUCAUCUAUCAGCUCCUUACCACAGCAGAACUCGCCGUCCCCAACCCAGAAAAUUCAGAUAAUCCAGAAUUCAAGGUUCUCAGUGAAGUGAGCGGCGAACUCUACCUGGAGAUGGAGCCCUUGAUGGAGAAAGUGGCCAACAGUGAUCUUUUAUGCGACGAGCACAUCAGGGCCCUCGAGCAAGGCGAGAGGCUGGUAAAAGAGAGAAUACGCAGGCAUAAACGUCUGAUCAUCCUCAAGAAGAUGAAGCUCGCCGCCAACCUCGCCAGUGAGCUCCUCGACAACCCUCCAGGGCUUGAUCUGAAGGAUCUUUAUGAUGAAAACAAGGCAAUUGAUGACCACGGCAACAACAACGACGACGCUGAAACGGUCAAUCAGGAUCUGGACGAGGAUCCGGGUUUGCCACGCCGGAGCAAGAGAAAGUGGGAGAAAGAACUUGACAUCAAGAUCCAGGAUCUCGAGCAUCUCCGAAAGAGAUUGCGCGAGUUCAAGGAGUAA